AUGGCAGAAGAUGAAGAGUUGAUCAGGUACACUGACACAUUCAAGAAGUUGUACACCUCCAGGUGGUCUGAGUUGGUGUCUCACAGUGCCCUGAACACACUGAGCGAUGCAAAAUACAACAAACCAUCAACAUUGCCCUUCACUGAAGAUGUUCAGAUCCUUCAUCAGUACCUUGAGAAAUCUGCAGAAAGUGCCUUCUGCAGCUUGAAGGAAGAGGCCACCACUCAGAACUAUGCUCAACUUGCAAAACUCACACUUGCACAAAUCAUUGUGUUCAAUCGAAGGCGUGCUGGGGAAAUGAGAUUGCGUUAUGACGCUGAAGAUAGUGGGAGCGAUUCUGAUAACGGCAACACAGAAGUCACAGCAUCAGAGUUUGGAACUGUGGAGCCUGUGGAUUUUGACUCUACAACCACAGAGCAAGACCAUGACAUUGGAGGCUUUGGAUCAGUGUCCUUUGUGUCGUCCACAGUAAAUGAGAGUGUACCUCCCUCUGAAGGGAAUUAUGCUGAUAAAGAACAUGGAUCCAGAAGAGUGGCAAAGAAAGUGUGGUCUAAGGCUGAGGUCGCUGCAGUAAUGCGACACUUCAAAGAUCAUAUAAGCAGGGGGAAACUGGCCACCAAAACUGAAUGCAGUCACUGCAAACUGGUGGAAGAUCCCGUGUUGGCACAAAGAACAGUGCAAAAUAUAAGGGACUUUGUUAGAAAUAGAGGAAUAACUGCAAAGAGGCAGUCACAAAAAGAAAAGAUUUAAAAACACUGACAGUUGUGGUAGUGUUUUUCUGUAUGUGUUAAUGUUUUAAAAAGUGUGGCUCUUGUGUUACAAGUUAUCAGCCUGUUAUAGGUUGUAAUAAUGCCAUUU